AUGAAAGCAGCGUCUCCCACAUCUAUAUCAGUGUGUGCUCAUUUGAUUGCUGUCAGGAGGGGAUGUGACUGCUCAGUGUGUGUGUGUGUGGGUGUUUGUCAUGAAUAAUCCACUAAUGAAAGAGAUGCAGACUUUUUGGGAGAGGAAGGAGAACCAAUCGAGCCCUAGCAAGAAACCUAAACCGCCAAAGCCUCAGAAUGCCAUCACUAUUGCGGUGUCCUCCCGCGCCCUCUUCAAUAUGGAUCAGGAGCAGGACAUUUAUGAGCAACAGGGAAUGGAGGAUUACCUGAACUAUCAGAUCCAACAUGAGAACGAGCCAUUCACACCCGGACCUGCUUUCCCCUUCGUUAAGGCGGUGGAGGCAGUGAAUGCUCGACUCAGGGAUCUGUAUCCAGACAGUGAAGAGCUCUUUGAUGUGGUUCUGAUGACCAGCAAUCAUGCUCAUGUGGGACUUCGGCUCAUAAACUCAAUUAAUCAUCACCAGCUGUUUAUAGAGCGCUUUUGCAUGACUGGAGGCAACAGCCCUAUUGGCUAUCUGAAAGCGUACCACACCAACCUUUAUCUGUCAGCGGAUUCACUGAAAGUUAGAGAAGCCAUUGAAGAGGGAAUUGCAGCAGCUACAGUAUUCUCACAAGGAAAAACCACAGAGGUGUCGGAGACUCAGCUGCGCGUGGCCUUUGAUGGAGAUGCCGUUCUCUUCUCGGAUGAGUCGGAGAGAAUUUACAAAGCCCACGGACUGGACAAGUUUUUUGAACACGAGAAAGCCCAUGAAAAUAAACCUCUUGAUCAUGGACCACUUAAAGGGUUCCUGGAAGCUCUGGGGAGACUGCAACAGAAAUUCUAUGCCAAAGGCCAGCGCUUGGAUUGUCCCAUCCGCACCUAUUUGGUCACAGCUCGCAGUGCAGCCAGUUCAGGCACCCGGGCCCUCAAGACGCUGCGUUCAUGGGGCCUGGAGACAGACGAGGCUCUCUUCCUAGCAGGAGCCCCUAAAGGCCCCAUGCUGGAAAAGAUCAGACCUCACAUCUUCUUCGAUGAUCAAAUGUUCCACGUGGAGGGAGCGGCAGAACUGGGAACUGUGGCAGCUCAUGUUCCCUAUGGAAUUGCCCAGAGGUUUCCAUCAAAGACAGGGAAGGAAGUAAAAAAAGACUUCUCAGCCAAGCAGCUAGUGUGAAUACUGGUCUAUCAAGUGCUUCAUUUAAGCAAAGCCUUUAAUAUUUUUACAUUUUUCUUUGUAAUUGGUCAAAUUGCUAAGAGUUGUGCUUUUCCAUCUUCCAAAAAUGGACCAGUUUGUCCAUGACAGACCAUCUGCAUAGUUCUGAGGUUGUUCACUUGCAUGUAGCAAGCCAUACAUAAACAGAGAAAGAAACGGUUAUUGGAUAUAAGUGGUAUUUUACCGUUUUCU